AUGGAUGCGACAACGGGCAAGGCGGGCAUCAUCCGCGCGAGCGAUGACGAUGGCAGCAUGACCAAGCUGUCCGCUGCCGUCCUCGAUGACUUAUUAUACAAUAUUAUUUCCGAUCUCGUGCUCCAAACCCAUCGGGAAGAAAAAAUCGCAAAAGCGAACACGGCCGCGAUACGUGUCGAGAAGCUCGCCUCCGAAGCCUCAGAAUCUGGCGCUGACUCGGCACCCGACGUCCGGAUCGAGACCGAUGCGGCAAUCUUCGACGACGGCAAGGUCUACCUCAAGGGCAAUCCAUUGAAAACUACAAAGGAGAUUCUGUGCCCAAAAUGCCACCUGCCCAGGCUAUUCCACCCGACCGACGGCAAAGGCGCGCGGAAACCCGACCCGACGAUACUCUACUGCAAAAAGCACCCGUACAUCGACAAGCCAAAUUGCGACAUCUACGGGCAAAUGUGGCAGGGCCCCGGGCCCGGACGAGGCAAGAAGAAGAAGGACAUGGAGAAGAAGGAGGAGUCGGCUGCGGAUCGUCCUGCAAACGUCCUGUCGUUCCCGUCGGCGACAUGCAGCAAAUGCAAGAGGUGUAUUCUGGUAACGCGGCUGAACAACCACAUGGGCUCGUGCAUCGGCAACAGCGGGAGGAACGCCAGCCGUGCCGCGGCGCAGAAGAUGGGCAACGGUAACAGCGGCGAACCUACGCCUCCGUCGUCGCAAAAAGUCACCCCGGCGCCGGGAUCUCGUGCGACUAGUCCUCGGAAGAGGGAUGCGAGCGAGGAAGGCGAGGACGAAUCGGAGAGCAGUCACAAAAAGAAGAAGCACAAGUCAAGCGCGGUCACGCCGAACCCCAACCACAAGAAAGUUAUCCUCAAAACAAAGAACUCGUUCAAAAAGGAGAGCAACGGCAGCACCCUGCCCAAAAGCUCAUCGAACCUGAGCCAGGAGCAAAAAGCAGAGUACGACAUACCCGAUCUGGGCUCUGUCGACGUGCCACCCAAGAAAUCGACGAACAAGGCAAGUAGUCCUGCCAAGAAGCUCAAGGCCGUCAAAGCCGCGCAGCUCCCAGCAACGGUGAAGAAUGGAAGAGACGCGGACGGGGAGAGCGAAUCGUCCGGAGGCACCUUGUCCUCCCCACCGCAAUAG